AUGGCUGAAGAUUCAGAAAGACUUUCGACAAAUGUUGUACCUGAACAUUAUGUUUUGGAAUUGGAUUUAGAUCCAAGUGUUUCUGGUUAUACAGGAAAAGUUACAAUUAACUUAAAGAUAAAACAGCAAACAAACUGUGUGAUCCUAAGUUGUCUAGGAAUAAACAUCAAAAAAGCAACAAUAAGUCACUGCAAUGGAAAGGAGUGUUCGGACAAUAUAUCCUAUCAAGAAAAAGACGAAAGGGCAACUAUACAAUUCAAAAAAUGCAUCCCCAAAGGAAAUGCAUGUUUGAUACUAGAAUUUGGCAGAGACUUUCACGAAAUUUCAGCAAUUUGCAAAUCAACGUUUGAUACUUGCAAAGGGACGAAAACAUACGUCAUAAGUCAUUUUGAGCCUAACAGGGCUCGUGAAGCUUUUCCUUGUUUUGAUGAACCGGCUCUGAAGGCAACUUUUGACAUUGUUAUGAAAGUUCCUGAAAAUUUGAUGGCUUUGUCUAAUAUGGAUGUCCGAGAAGAAGAGGUAAAAUGUGGUUGCAAAACUGUUUGUUUCAACACAACCCCUAAAAUGUCAACUUAUUUACUGGCGUUUUCGGUCGGAGAGUUUGAAUAUAUUGAAAGUCAAACAGAAGGUGGUAAGGGUCUAUACGCCCCAGGGAUGAAAAAAUAUGGUCAAUUCGGCCUUGAAGUGGCAGUAAAAGGUUUAGAUAUUUUUUCGAAACUUUUCGACGAACCUUACUCGUUGCCAAAAUUGGAUUUGGUGGUUACCAAAAAUUUUGCGAGUGGUGCCAUGGAGAAUUGGGGACACAUUUCAUUUGGAGACAUGUCUAUGAUCUUCAACAAAAACGAAACUCCAACAGUUUGGAAAUCGUCAAUAUCAGGAACGGUUAUUCACGAAUUGGCACAUUUGUGGUUUGGAGAUCUUGUCACCAUGAAUUGGUGGAGUGAUUUGUGGCUUAACGAAGGCUUUGCUUCAUUCUACUCCGUUCUCGGAAAAUAUCGAAUACUUCCUGAAAUUGAUCCUUGGAAUGGAUUUCUGCUGCACUUUUAUGCAGCAAUGGCUGCAGACGAGAUGCCUGGGGCUGCACCGAUUGUUCGAAAAGUUGGUUCAACUUCUGAUGCCCAAGCAAUGUUCAACGCCUCCAGCUACUCCAAAGGAGCAACCAUAAUUAGGAUGCUAAGGAAUUUUAUGGAGGAAGAAGACUAUACGAAGGGAAUCAAAAAUUAUAUACAAAAAUAUAAAUUUCAAAGUGCUGGAACAGCAGAUUUGUGGAAAGCUAUGGAAGAAGCCAGUGGAAAACCAAUAGGUUGCAUGAUGAACGCCUGGGUAAACCAACCGGGUUACCCUUUGCUGACAGUAUCAGAAACGCAUUGCGGAACCACAAGAACCAUUAAUAUAAAACAAGAAGUGUUCACCAAAAGUACUGGCCAGGAGGUACCUCCGAUGCAAUGGACAAUACCCAUAACUGUCAUGACUUCUAAAUGUCCGACUGGAUAUACUGUCAGGACAUUGAUGGAAUGUCAGUCGACAUCUGUGACUGUUGAAGAUUUGGCACCAUGCGAUUGGGUAAAAUUAAAUGUAGGAACCAUGGAUUAUUAUAGGGUUCUGUACCCGCCAGAAAUGAUGGAUAAAUUUGGGCCAUCAAUAGAAAGUUUGUCCAUGCCAGUUUUGGACAGGAUUGGUUUUGUUGGAGGAUAUAUAUGCGAUGGCGACUUCUGGCAGAAAGACGAUGGAGACGUUUUUCCAAUUCCUGUGCCACUACAAAAACGAAGAUUCACCAUUCGUCUGGGAAUCCAUUGGAAAUAUUUUAAGAAAAAUGCACAGUUUGGUGUCCAACACAGAAUUAAAAAAUGA